AUACAACCACGUAUUUAACUAAGCAUACAAAUUUAUUACAGUGUAUGGGUCUUAAUUAUUCAACACAAUUCAAAAACUCAUCAGCAACUGUACACAGAUUAAAUAAAACUUUGAGUCAACGAUCAUUCUAUAUUCUAAACAUUAUCAUUAUUGUUGUAUUUUUUUCAGCUCAAAAUUCAGAUUCAAGAUUGGACCCACACAUACCAAAAUGCUAACAAGUCAAGCUAAAUGAAAGUUUGGAAAAAGUGUUGAAAGUGGAAUUUUUUCCAUCAUAUUCGUGGUCUACAAAUUUAGUUUGCCCAAGCAACGCGCAAGGAUUUUGAACUGUUUCGACAAUAGACGGUACUGAAGGAGAGUAAAAGUAGGGAUACGGCUACACAUCCGUAAACAUACAAGAAUUAAUGAACCUGCACAAGAAAGAGUACACAUACAUAAUGACCAGCAUCAAAAUCCUGUCCUACCGUUAUAAAGACCAACAUGAUGUCACUACACGAUACCAUCAUUUCAGUAUCUGCUGCUGAACCAUCAUGUGCGUGUUACACUUACUUUGUGGAAUAAUCUUGCUGGCACCAAUAACUAUCGCCUCAGAAAUAACAUCCACACCAGAGAACUCUCGUGGCUUCUUAGAUAUACUAUUUGCUCCCUGCAAAUGUCGAUGUGGCGUACCAAACAGGGAAGCAAAACUGAUUGGAGGGGAGUUCAUGAGAGUGCAUGAAUUUCCUUGGGCGGCUCUGAUACAGAUACAAGGCGAGCAUGAAAGAGCUGUGCCUGCCACAUUGAUUAAUGAUAGAUACGUGAUAACUAGUGCCAGCAAUUUACUUGGAUUAACUCCUCUUGAUAUAAAAGUGACGCUAGGACAAUUCGACAGAUGUGUUCCAGACAUAUCUUCUACAAACACAAGUGUAGAGAAGAUCAUUUUGCAUCCAGAUUUCAGUCCAGAAAACAGAGCACAUGACAUAGCUUUGAUAAAAUUGAGCACGUUAGUGAAAAUCGAAAGAAGGAUAUCUCCCGUUUGUUUGGCAUCUCCCAAUACAAGAUAUCAGGGUCAAGUUGCAACGGUAUUUGGAUGGGCAGAGACAAAUAUAAAAGAAGGUCCACCUACAUCUGCUCAAACAAGGAAAAUUACAAGCAGUUGCAGGCCCAGAAAACUCGGGCUUCCCGUUUUGGGACCGAAAGAAUGUCUAGAAUUUACGCCCGACAUGGCUUACGUGACCCAGGAUAAAGGAUGUAUUGGAGUUGUUGGCUCAAAUACUCCGAUUUGUGAGGUGGACUCUGGCGGACCUGUUAUGUUCAGAAGUUAUCACGGCGUCUACGAGCUUAUUGGGGUUCUUGUCGACAAAAACGAGUGCGGCCCAAAGCCUGGUGUAGCAUUAUUUACAACUAUAAAUGACCAUAUCUACUGGAUAACACAGAAUACCAGAGAUGCAUGUUAUUGUUAUAAAAGUUGAUAUAUACCUAUUUCAAAAAUACAUCUAAAAUAGUUCCUAGUUCUAUUUCUAAUUGAAACACUAAUUCACAGGUAUCAUAAAUAGCUUUAUUAUGUACAGUUUGUUAGUGUGUAGUGAAUAUUUUAAUAAAUAAAAACUCCUGACUAUAAUCAAAUUCAAGC